AUGAAACUUGGUAUCGUGACCGCAGUUUCGUCGAAAAAGGUGUUUACUGUUUUAUGCGGUGAUGAGAUUAUUCGAACUCCACACCAACAUCAUCGCAGUGUAAUUAUCGUUGGAGAUUUGGUUGAAAUUGGUCCCCAGAAUGUAAUAUAUUCGGCUCCCGAAAAGAGUCAUAAUAUUGAUCGGCGAGACCCUCUCGAGAUUACGAUAACAGAUCAUAUUGUAAAGCCGGAGGAAAUCAGUCGAUGCAAAAUGUUUUUCAACCAUCCUAUAUUUGGACGCGCCAAAUUGAAUAAAUUUAAAUUGGAACCAAACGAGAGAUGCCAAAAGAUAUCCAUAAAAUAUGCUCCAGACGAACAUUUUGAGUGGAUCGUGACUAAUAUCGUCGUAGAGCUGGAUGAAAACUUGAUAAAACAGUUCGAUUCGCUUCAUUACACAUUGGUGAAUGAGAGAAACCAAGAGUAUGAAUAUCAGAAGAGCUGUUGGAACGCUAUCGGGCUAUGCAAGCUCGUCUACAUUAAUAAUGAUGAUCCUAUUUAUGGCCGAGUCCCGCACUUUGCACCUCUGAAUAGACUGGAUGAAAGGGCCGCCAAAACUAUUAAAGAAGGUUGCUUGCUUUAUAUAGUCAACGCUAAUGGGCCACGAAAUGCUUCCACUCCGAAGGGUGUUGUCAAAUCGAGCUACGAUUUCUCGAUAAUACUUGAUAACGCCCACAAAGCAUGCCAACUUAUUGUGGGACAAAACUACAGAUUUGAACCUAUAGUUAUAGAAAAGACGUUGAAAUUUUGGAGUUCUAAAAAGUAUAAGGAAAACAACCUCUUUUUGAGAACUUGCGACAAACGGUAUUGCAAAAAUGAGAAACAAUCCAGUGCGCCGCCAAAUGUUCUUCGUGAAGGCAUCGAGCAUCGAGGAAUGAUGCGAUAUCAUGUUGAUGAAUUACCACACUCGAUUGCUCUAAAUUCUGAUCAAUGA